CGCCGCUUUUCACUUUGGAGCUCACGGCUUGCGACGACGACGCAGGUGCUCUCACCUCGCCUCCUACUUCCAGCUAGACUCGCCUUCCUCCCUUUCGUAGGCGGGCGAUUCCCAUUCUCUUGCACCGGAAAGCCAUUCAUCUGCUUCUAAACAAACUGACGACAGCGGAAGCUUGCACGCUCUUAGGGCUGGGCUCGAGCUGCCCAUCCCAUUCCCAGCAGCAGCCCAGAGACAGCUUGCGAAAGGAGGGAGGGAGGGAAGGUGGGAAUCUCGGCAAUUCCGUGUUGCUGCUGCUGCUUCUUCUCAGCGGGAGGGGAGCGCUCUUCCCUGGAGGCCCCGUCAAGCGCUCUAGGGGGCGCAUGUGCGCUCCCCCUGCGCGCCCGGGCGGCGAAGAGGAAGGGCUUGGCAGAGGAAGAGGUCUCAGUUGCGCCUGGGCUUGCUUGUCCGCGGAGCGCGCUGACGCACGGAGGACGGGGGCAGGUGGCUGGUGCGGAGGGGAGGGCUGCGCCUCGAGCCCCCGUGGCCGUCUGAGACGACCAUGUCUGCGCCCUGCUGUGUCGGCCAGUUGGCCUGUUGCUGUGGUACUGCUGGAUGUUCACUUUGCUGCAAAUGGUGUCCCAAGAUAAAGCAGUCAACCAGUACCCGCUUUAUGUAUGCGCUCUAUUUCAUCUUGGUGACUCUCGUCUGUUGUGUCAUGAUGUCAGCAACAGUAGGAGAAGCAAUGAAAGAUCAUAUUAGCUUUUUUGAUACGAUAUGCCAACGUAUACAACAAAGCCAAACAUGUCCAAAGCUGGUGGGCUACUCUGCAGUUUACAGAGUGUGUUUUGGAAUGGCCUGCUUCUUCUUCAUUUUCUUCUUACUCACAAUCAAAAUCAACAAUAGCAAAAGCUGCCGUGCAUACAUUCAUAAUGGAUUUUGGUUCAUUAAACUUCUAGUCUUGGCAGCCAUGUGCUCAGGAGCCUUUUUCAUUCCAGACGAGAAUACCUUUACUCAUGCAUGGCGUUAUGUAGGAGCUGCAGGAGGAUUCCUCUUUAUCCUCAUUCAACUCAUUCUGCUUGUAGAAUUUGCGCAUAAAUGGAAUAAGAACUGGACAUCUGGCACAAGGCACAAUAAACUCUGGUAUGGCUCCUUAGCUUUUGUGACUCUCAUGUUGUACUCCGUCGCUGUUGGAGCUCUGAUUGUGAUGGCUGUUCUUUACACCCGGGCUGAUGGCUGCAAUUUUAACAAGAUCUUGCUUGGUGUCAAUGGUGGUCUGUGCCUGCUUAUUUCAAUGGUAGCCAUCUCUCCCUGUGUCCAAAACCGUCAGCCACAUUCUGGAUUGUUACAGUCAGGUGUUAUAAGCUGCUAUGUCAUGUAUCUCACCUUUUCAGCACUCACAAGCAAACCAAAAGAAUUUGCCCUAGAUGAGAAUAAGAGGAACAUCACAAUCUGUGAACCCGAAUUUGGCCAAGGGCUGCAAACAGAUGAGAACUUGGUGACUGGACUGGGAACUACCAUCCUGUUUUGCUGUGUCUUAUAUUCUUGCCUGACCUCGACAACACGUGCAAGUUCUGAAGCACUGAGAGGAAUAUAUGCAACGCCAGAAACUGAAAUAGCUCGCUGCUGCUUCUGCUGUACUCCUGAUGGAGAUGCUGAUGUUGAAGAGCCUGUUGGCAGAAGGGGAGGCCAAAAAGUAAUUUAUGAUGAAAAGAAGGGCACUGUGUAUAGCUAUGCCUAUUUCCACUUUGUGUUCUUCCUGGCUUCUCUUUACGUCAUGAUGACCAUCACCCACUGGUUCAAUUACAAAAAUGCUGCAAUUGAAAAUUUUUUGGUUGGAACCUGGUCCAUAUUCUGGAUUAAGAUGGCUUCCUGUUGGUUUUGUGUCCUCCUCUAUUUAUGGACUCUGCUUGCUCCUCUGUGCUGCCCGACCAGAGAGUUCUCAGUGUGAAACUUCUCCCUGUACAAGAGUCCAGUGGUUUUGGAAAUAGAAAAACUAUCCUAUCUACUAGCUGUCCUAACAUUGUUAGUUAGGAUUCUGCUUUCUCUCGUAUGAAACUGUACACUUUGAGACUUUUUUAUUUUUAUUUUCUUUUGUACACUUUUUUAUUUUUUAUUUUCUCUUUACAUUAUUUGAACUUUAAAAGCCUGAAGGAAUACAUCUAGUCAAAAGCAACAAGGGGUCAAAAAUAUAUCCCAGAAUAAGCAGAACAGCUUUUAAAUUUACAGACUGUCUGUUGUGCAAAUGUAUGUGUUGUAUGGUUUUUGCAAUGAUACUUUGUCAGUCCACACAGACUUUUGAUAUCCAGUUGUGCUUUUGCUGAAAAUAUGAAACAAAUUGGUAUAGAAUAACAAAAUUGAAACCUUGAUCAGGAUACUGUUCCAAUAGGUGGGAAUAGCAUCCACUCAAGGGUUUCUUCUUCCUUAGUAUCUUCUUCUUAGUAUUAGAUGCUCAUAGUAAAUUAUUGCAAAUGUGGAUUGUGGAAGAAAGGACUUGUGGUUGUAGAAAUAUUUAUUUAUGGUAUUAAUGAAAGGCACUACUACUACGUUUGUAGUCAUUGUAAUGAAAGGCACCUUUAUGAAUCACUGGGUGACAUGAUGUGUAACCUAAAAUUUUGCCUGGUAUGCCAGACACUGUAAAUGUUGGUGCAAUUAAUGAGCAAUUAUUAUGGGCCACUCUGGGAGAAAAUGCAUCUGAUGCAAUAUUUAGAAUAGUACCACUGAGCAACAAAAUGUAAGUUUUGCCUAUGUAACCGGAGCUAAGUUAAUAAAUCAGAGGAGUUUUUGAAAGGGUGCAGUCCUCUUAGAAAUGUGAUCUAUUGGAGUGAAAUAUAGAAACUAAGAAAUCAAGAGAAGAGUUGUAUUGCAAAGUAAUUUUAUACUAAAGAAAAGUCAGGAAUAUUGAACAUUAUCUCAAGAGGGUUUUUUGUUUUUGUCCAUUACUUCUUUAGAUAUCAGAUGUUAUCCUUAAAUACAUUUUGAUAUAAUUAUUUCAAAGUGCAAUUAUGGAUAGAGACUAUAGAAAAAGGAGAUAUUACAAUAUCUGGGGUCUUAAAAAUGGCAUCUUCAUGCAGAAUUAACAUUUUGCCUUUCUAACUCCUAAUUAAGUUGAACUUCAUGCCUUUCCCAUGCCCACCAAAGAUCGCUUCUCCCUAGGAUCAGGGCUGACUUUUUAAAAGUUAUUCUUCCAUGUGAAGAGAGUAGUCCUGGGAAUAGAAACUCAUACAUACUUAACCUCAUUAAUCCAUUUAAUCUGAGUCUUAGAUAAGCACACAUAAGAUGUUAGCAUAUUGCUUGUUGUCUAGGUAGGCAGCUGUGCUUAACAUAAGAACAGCCCUUCUGGUUCAGGUCCAAGGCCUUUCUGGUCCUGCAUCCUGUUUCACACAGUGACCCACCAGAUGCCUCGGGAAGCCCACAAGCAAGAGCCAGGUGUCAUGUGACUUUGUCAUGUGCAAGGGGGCGUGGCCUGGGCUGCUGAGAGCCCGAAUGAGCAGGGUCAGCUGCCUAAUAGGACGUUUUCCCCUUUCUCUCCCUCCAGAGAGGGAGAGGAAGGGGAAAAUGUUCUAUUGGGCAGUCGGAGCUGCCUGAAAUACUUGGCAGAGAGUUUGCCUGGGCUCACCUGGGCAUGGGAGGGGUGAGUUUGCUCUGGGCUCCUAUGGAGCCUGAGCCACACAGGGCGGGGCUCUCUCGGUGGCUUUUUGCCAUUGGCGGCCUGGGUUCUUUGAACCCUUUCACCCAAUGGUGGCUCCGCCCCUGGCAAGAGCUGAGGGUAUGCCAUCUCUCCUGCUGUUACUCCCCUGCAACUGGUAUUGAGAGGCAUCUUUUCUCUGAGGCUGGAGGUGGCAUGUACCUUGAUACACAUGCUACCAUUUCAGAUCAAAAUAAAUAAUUGGCAACCAUUUAGUAAUAACAUUCUGCUAAAACUGAGCUUCCAAGUUCUAGUAGACAACCUUCAAAGUAGCAUAUGCACCUUUUCAUUUAAAGAUUUAGUAGUAAUGGUGCUGCCUGCUUAUGUGAUGUUACCAUGCUUUUGAUUUGUAUGUACUGUAUUAAUUGCAACAAUGGCUCUCAUUUGAUAUUUCCUGAUAUAGGAGAUGGCAGACAUCUGUUGUUAAUGGUGUACAGGUUUUCAAAGCAAAGUAUGAGUUUUUGCCUUUCCCUCAGCCAGCAAAGGGUUGAACCAAUAGACAGUAUCACCUUUUCUAUUUGUCUCUUACUUAUUUAUUUCCUUAUUUAUUUUUCUCCAUAGACUUUAUGGAGUUAGCCCCCAUAUAAGCAUAUAGGGAAGCUGCUUUCACUAGUACUUUGUAGUGGCUGGGAAUGUUCUGAAGCAGAAGGCAUCAGUGCUGCUUAAGAAGCGUAGUGAAUAUCCUUAGUCAGUCAGGGUAUUAAGGGAAGCCCAAUUUUCUGACAUAGAGCUAGUGACACCUGGCUUCUGCUCAGAUCAUUGUCAUAAAAUCCAGCUUGCAUGCAUUAAAGAAAAAACUUGGAAAAUCAGUCUCCAUGUUUUGUCAAAAUACUUAGAAAUUUAUAUGCCUCUGAUUGCAUGUUAACUUAACCAUGUAUGCUGUACCAAGCAGUCCUUUCUGAUUAAUAUCUUUCUGAUUAAUACUACCUUAAUAACUAUCUGGGUGUUGAACACACUGUUUUUCUGUGAAACCUAGUUCUCCUUAGUAUCUUAAUAUGGAAUGUUCUUGAAAAUUGAUUGGAGUUUCCAGUCUGAAAUUCAAAAUGUUAGAGCUGUAUGCAAUAGAAGAGCUGUACAGCUUAUAAGAGAAUUUGCAUAGGGUGAUUAUUACUGGAUAGUUUAAUUAUUGGAUCAUUGCACAGGUUUUUGCCUUCUGUCAAUGCUUAAAAAGGGAGCUAGGGUGUACUCAGGAAGAAGAAAUGGUGCUACUGUUUAAAAGUGACCUUAGUCAUCUCCACAAUUCUUGCUGGAAUAAGUUCUUGGAGACUUUUCUAAUGCUCAGUCUAGCCUCUAUGUUAUAAUAUCUGGAGAGAGGAAAGUGAAUGUGUAAUGCCAUAGACUGUUGUUGCUAAUGACAAAGUGAAGUAUGCAACUUGUUGGUUUUCAAUCAUAACCCUGACAAAUCUUGGGGACCAUGUUCAGAUAAUGUUUUUACACUAUUGACCACUUUCCCUGAUGUAUCUCUGUACUUUAUAAUCUGAAGGACAGAAUUCUGCAAAAAAAUAAUUGUGGCUUACAUUCUAUGCAGUGAGCCUUCAGUCUAAGAGAGGUGUGCUCACUGUUUCUGUGGCACCCAAACCCCACUGGCCGAGGCAUAGUAAGGUUGAAGGAGGCCCUCAGAUGAGAUUUCAUGCCGCCCGCCGCUGCCACCUACCUCCACAACCACUGCCUGCCUUCUUGACAUGUUGGCAUAGUCUGAUGAUGUCAGCACAAGCUUGCUGCCCCAUGCGAGUGUGAGAACAGGCCUGCAUCUUUUUCUUUCUGGGACAGGGCAGCUCCACAUUCAGCAACAUGGCCAGAGCUGGGCCCAAGCGAGGAUUGAGCAGCAACCUCCAAGCAUCCAGUGCAGUAUUCCCUCUAACAGGGAUUCCCAGAUGUUGUCGACUACAACUCCCAUAAUCCCCUAGCAAAGGCUAUUACAGCUGGGGAUGUUGGGAGUUGGAGUCAACAACAUCUGGGAAUCCCUGUUAGAAGGAACAGUGAUCCAGUGCAGGGGUGGGGCUCAGGAGGGCAUGACAGGUGCCCCCUCCCCCCGCAUUGGCAGCCCAUGUGCAGCUGUACCAUCUGCCCACUUUGUGGCUGCAUGCCCAUCACUGGCUCUGUUUCCAAAGGUGGGGAGGCUCCAUGCCUACUACAGAGUGUGUCUGCUGCACUUCAAACAAUAGUCCCACCAUUCCUAACAGGAGUAGCAGUGGAAGUGUGAUGACUGACUCCUUAGUGGGCACAGAGCCUCCCCACAUUCGGAAGGAGUGCUGGCAGGGUCCAAAGUACCAUACAAGCAGCAAGUACACCUCUCCUUUGGAUCGGUGGCUUGCUGCAUUAAAAUAUAAGCCUAUAAUAUUAAAAAGGCAGCAUGCGUAUAGAGGAGUCUAAUGGGGUGCAAUCCUGGUAUGAUUCAUGAAGAUUGGCAUGUUGGCACCCAGCUUCUUAAAACCUUGACCUCACUGGCCUUACUAAUAGCUGUGGAUGUGCAUAUGUAUACUGUCUCACCUCUGUAAUAGUGCAAUAUCAAGAAAUUGCAUCUUGCUGUUUUUUUUUAGAUUCUGUACAAUUGGCUUGCCCUCUAAAGUCAGUUUGUUUUAACUACUGAAGUCCAUAAGCCAUUUAAACUAGACUUUUGAAUCCUGUACUUUGCCAAAUUUUAAAUCUUUGCAACGUUUGAACACCUACUUUAGAAAAACUGUUUAGUCAAAGGUUUGGAAUCUAGCAGCCCUGAUGCUGCGUGUUUUUGCCAAAGAAUUCUACAGAAAACUAAAACAUUGUUGAAAAGUAGAAGGAAAUCUUUGUAAUACUGCCCAUACCGUAAUUUUAUUUUUCUUUUCAUAACAAACUAUUCAAUGUUUCUUAGUAAUGUUUGAGAGCAUGACACAAAGAGAGUGUGAGACACAACCCACUGUGAUGUUCUCCUGCAAAGGUUUUAUUGAAAUAGAAGGCAAAUGUGGAAGAUGAUAGCUUCCAUGCCAUACCCCAUUAUUUCAAUGGGUUGUGCACAGAACUUCCCCGGUAGAUAGUUGUCAUAUAGACAUUCAUUAAAAGCAGUCCUUUCUCUCUUCAAAUGUACUACCGGCUUUUUAAUAGUUAAACUUCAUAAGUAAUGGAACCAUUCCUUUUUCUAUCUCUUAAUUUACAGUUGUUUUUUCAUAUCAGUUUUAAAGUUUGAAUACAAAGUGGGAUAUUCCUACUAAAUAGUUUUUUGGGGUUUUUUUUGAAGUGUGGUGGUGGUUUUUGUUUUUCUAAAACAAUAUUUUGAUACAAUCUGUCUUUAUGAAAUGUAUGUGGAAAUUUUGUUCAGAACUAUAGUUGAAGCUGUUACAUUUUGAAUAUAAUGCCUUGUAGCAAUUUUAAGACUUUAUUAUGUUGAGACCAAGAAAAAUAUGAACUGUAAAACAAACACUGCAUAUAGUUUGUAACACAUUUUGUUGGGUUUUCUAGGAAUAAUUGCAUACUGAGUGAAAGUAUUAUAGAUGUAACUGUUGUAACUGACCAAUAAAUGUCUGUUUGAAAUGGUAA